UCUGCUGCUGGUCAAAGAGGAGACAAUAGAAGAUGAACCAGAGAGCAUUGAUCUGCUGAGUGGACUAAAGAUGGGGGAGCAAAGUGUUUGGUUGGAAGCUAACAGAGGCGACUGGGCUGCCAUCUUAGAUUCCCAGACCCAGAGUGGUGCAGCCAUGGGCCCAGGGGAUGACAUCACUGAGCAGGCCAAGACCAGAGGCAACAUUGUGGAAGUCAGUGGAUGGGACAGCGUCCUCAACUCUGGGCUGGGGAACAACACUGUUAAGCACAACCAGAAACAGACUGUUGAACACAAAACAACAACCGAGCAAAGUCUCCAUGACAACAGACUUGCUGAGACCAGGGCGAGGCAUAGAUUUGGUCUGCAGGGACUGGGAGGUGUCCAUAUGCGGCGGGAGAGAACAGACACAGACUCGGCUAGCGAUGCUCCGUCCUGCUCCUAUAGUUGUGAUUCAGAGAGACUGACGCCUCAGGUUAACCCCCUAACAGGUGCUGCCUUCAGCAUACCUUCUAUAGGAUCUAUCGACUGGAACAUGGACCCAGCGACAACACAGACAGUCCCUGGCCUUCAUCCUCCUCACACUCUCCUAAUGUUAAACCAGACCUCAGACAAUGCCAGUGCCUCAACACUAAAUGGCUACACAAGCCCAUUGACAAAUGACAGUAGUAGUGAUGCUAUCAGCAGGUCCGGUGGCAAAAAUAAGUGCUUCCCGUGUUCAUUCUGUGGGAAAGCCUUCAGUUUCCCUAAACAGAUGGAGAUCCACCAGAGGAUGCACACAGGGGAGAAACCUUUCGGCUGCCAUCUGUGUGAGAAAAGGUUCUCCCACCAGCACCACCUGAAGAGGCACCUGAAGGUCCACACGGGAGAGAGGCCAUUCGCCUGUACCCACUGCGGGAAGAGGUUCUCAGAGAGGAGCAAUCUCAGGAUACACCAGCAGAAAAUGCACUCGGCCCAUGUAUAGAGUAUAGUGACAUGUAAUGUAGUGCUAGGUAGUUUGUUUGUAGUUCAUUCUGUUGGUUUUGGAUGUAUUUAUUUAUUUUACUAGGCAAGUCAGUUAGGAACAAAUGUAGUAGGGAACUGGAUGAGGUGAACUGAGGAAAGAAUUAGUAUGAUGAGGCAGAGUAGAUAUGGUGAUGGUGUCUAUAAAAAUGCUUCACUGAUGAAAAGUGACAACAAUGACCAUUUAGUUUGAUACUGGUGUUUUAUAGUGCCUUAAUUCAUGUUUACUUGACAUAAAGACGUGUGUAAUGUAAUGUUGAACUUUUUACGAAGUAUUCUAAAAUAUAUUUUUAUCAAAGUGAGGGUACCAGAUUUACAGAAAAGGUAAAGUGUUACCAUAGUGAGAAGUUAUUCUACUUGUCAUAUAUUGUUUUGUACAGUAAGUGCGGUACUUCAUGUUAUGUGAGUGUAUGACCAUUUUGUUGAAAUAAACAUUGGACUCUGUGCUGA